AUGUUUCGCCAACUCGAACAAGCAUUAGCACCCCCACAACCCCUUAGAGCAGUCAAACACCUCCAUGACUUACAGCAUCCUUGGCAGGAUCAACACGGUGAAGACCCACCGAACUCGACCACGCGAUCAACCAUAUCUGGCCAACCAAGUUUACUAGACGAUGGAAUUGAGAGACGCCACGUUCUAUCACAGAGAUUGGAAGAUCUGGCGAUGAGGCAAUCAAAUAUGAGGGGACAAAUAUUUGAUGCAGUGGGAAUAAAGCCUAUGCAUUCGAAUAAACCAGCUCACAGAGAUCACUCAUCAUCAAGAUCCGAAGCUGCAAACGCAUUGUUGUACGAGCUUGAGGCAUGGAACCAACUAGAAACCCGUAUUCAACGUGGAAUAUUGCACCCUGUUCGCAUCAGUUCGCAAGUCCCACUGCAUCGUAUGGAAUCGACUGGGGAAGAAUUUUCUUUUCAGCAUACAUCGCAUCGAGGUAGCGGAGACUCAUUCCGUGAAAUCACUGGGACUUCUUCUACUACUGGUAGUCCUCUGGGUACAUCUCCAAACCGUCAAUUUCUUGGCAUUCCUCAAAGUAACCCCAUCGAUACCUACGGAUAUUCCCCAUUCCCGCAUGAUUUUGAUGGCUCAUCGGGACACAACAGAGCUCUGUCUACCACUUCAAUCUGA